GGGUGAAUAUGAAAAUUCAGCGAAAACCUAUUUGACGGCACUCGUCUACCGCCAUUGAUCGUCUAAACGAGCAAAUUACGCGAUUCGCGGAGAAAGGAAGAAAUCGCCAUGAAUGAAGGAGUGCAGAAGAACACUCUCUACGUCGGCGGUCUGGCCGAGGAAGUGAACGAGCAAAUACUCCACGCCGCCUUCAUCCCCUUCGGAGACAUUAAGGAUGUCAAGACGCCGCUGGACCAGGCCACGCAGAAGCACCGCUCCUUCGGCUUCGUCACUUUUCUAGAGAGAGAAGACGCCGCUUCCGCCAUGGACAAUAUGGACGGCGCUGAACUCUACGGCCGCGUUCUCACCGUCAAUUAUGCGCUUCCCGAGAAAAUCAAGGGUGGAGAGCAGGGCUGGGCCGCCAAACCUAUUUGGGAGGAUGCUGACACCUGGUUCGAGAGGCAGCAGCAAGAAAAGGAAAUGUUGCAGCUUCAAGCAGAGCAACGAGCAGCGAUGGAGGCAGCUGAAGACUUGCACAGAAAGAAGAUGGCCGAGGAGAGAGAAGGCGAGAAGGAUGAUGCUGAUGCUAAGGAUGAUCCUAUGGCAAAGGCUGAAGCUGAGGUUUUGAAUCAGACUGCUUGAGCCUUGGAUUAAACACAGAAUCAACUCUAGCUUCCAUGAUUUGUAGAAUCACUUUGAUUCAAUGCUAUCCUUUGUUCUUUUCAUGCGAUUGUUACAUAUUUUGGGAUAUCAAAAAAUGGAAAGAAUUGUCCAA